AUGGGACCAAAAACCAUUUACAAACAAAUAGAAUCCUUCCUCCUCUUCUCCCAAGACAUCCCCUCCGCCAACCUAGGGUUUGUCGACUCCCGCGCCACAACCAUCGACCUGACCAUCCACGACCAAGACUAUACCAUUCAUCAAUCUCCAACUCUGCUAUCAUCUUCCAGAGCAGGCGGUACAACCGGUGCAGUCCUCUGGAAAAUCACCCCCCUCAUCGCAGAAUGGCUCUCCAACAACACCACCACCACCAACAAUAACAAUACCAAAGUCAACCCCCUCUGGACACACAACAUCCUAACUCCCACCUCCACCAUCGUCGAACUAGGCAGCGGCAUCUCCGCCCUACUAGCCCUAUCCCUCUCACCAAAGAUAGCUCACUACAUCGCCACGGACCAGGAAUACGUGCAGAAAUUAUUUCGCCAGAAUCUGGAUGAGAAUGCCAGCACCAUUACUUCUACCUCUACCGGUGGAGGUAGUAGUAGUAAAUCAUCCAAGGCGGGGAAGAAGUCCAGUAAGGCAUCAGCAGUGGCUCGGAAAUCUCACCAGGGACAUGCGACUGGAACUGGGAAUGGGAAUGGGAAUGUGAUCAUCACAUCCCUAGAUUGGGAGUUGGAUGUUGCGGGAUCGCUUAAGGAGGGUUUGGGAUUAUGUACUACCACUACUGUGGAUGGUAGUGGAGAGGAAGAAGAUAAAGGUUUCGAUGUGGUGGUAUCAUGCGACUGUAUCUACAACGAAGCGUUGGUAGCGCCGUUUGUGCGCACGUGUGCGGAUUUGUGUCGCUUGAGGCCGGUGUAUACUCCACCUGGGAGUGGUAUUGAUGAGAGGGGUUCUAGUGGAACAGGGAGGACGCCGACGGUGUGUGUGAUUGCGCAGCAGCAGCGGUCGCCGGAGGUGUUUGAGGCGUGGUUACGGGAGACACUGAGGGUGUUUCGGGUGUGGAGGGUCAGUGAUGAGAUGUUGGGGGAGAAGUUGAUGUCUGGGAGUGGGUAUUUGGUGCAUAUUUUGGUUUUGAGGUAG